ACUCUUGGAGUAGCCGUUGCAACUGUAGGAAUGGCACUUUACUACUCUCUAAAACUGCCGUCACCUUUAUCGCUGAAGAGCGAAUCCAGAUAUUUUCUGGUAUACGGAGCGAGUACAGCAAUGGGAACUAUGGCUAUCCAGAUGGCUGUGAUGUCCGGGUUCUCACCCAUAGCCAUUUGUUCUCCUCGGAACUACGAUCUAGUCAAGUCGCUCGGUGCUAUCGCUACUUUUGACUACCAUUCGCCCUCGUGCGGCAGCGAAAUUCACGAUUUCACAAAUGACACGCUGGUGUACGCUCUCGAUUGCAUCGCAGACACAUCAUCAAUGACCAUUUGCUAUAAAGCCAUUGGAUCAGCAGGCGGACACUAUCUGAGCUUGGAUCCGUUCCCUAUCCGUUGCCACACGCGGAGGAGUAUCAAGCCAAAUUGGAUAAGCACGUUGACCAUGUUUAAUCAGGCAGUCAAUUGGCAAAUUGGGUAUCGUAAGGAAGCGAAACCAAAGGAUCGGGCGUUUGGGCAUGAAUGGUUUAAAACAGCGCAGGAGUUAUUAGACAAUGGUCAUGUCAAGCCUCAUCCUUUCAAGGAGAUGACUGGUGGACUUGAUGGCAUUGUCGAUGGAAUAGCACAAGUACGAAAGUCGGAAGUUUCAGCAAUGAAGCUGGUUUACACAAUUUGAGUUUGAGACGUAGAUCUGG